AUGGAGACCUCGAGCUCGUCACCACCAAAGAGUGUAGAGCCUGCGCCUUUCAAACCCAGUUUACAGGUGUAUGCCAUUGUCAUUGGCCUUGGCAUCACAAAUCUACUAGCAGCACUUGAGAAUACAGUGCUGACCAUCGCAGCCCCCGUAGUCCUGACAGACCUAGAGCUCGGGGACAACUUUAUUUGGGUCACCAAUGCCUUUUUCCUAACCAGCACUGCAAUUCUCCCUCUCUUCGGCCAAUUCUCCAACAUUUUCGGCCGAAGAUAUGUCAUGCUCGCGGCCGUUGCCAUCUUCGUGCUCGGCAGCGGAAUAUGUGGUGGUGCCAGCACGGGCGCCAUGCUGAUCAGUGGGCGUGCAAUCCAGGGUGUUGGCUCUGGUGGUAUCAUCAUGUUGUCGAGCAUUAUCAUCAGCGAUCUAGUGCCGCUCCGCCAGCGAGGAAACUUCUCUGCUAUCCUCAUGUCCAUAUUAGGCGUCGGCUCUGCACUCGGUCCCUUGAUUGGCGGCGCGAUCGUUUCCUCAACCAGCUGGCGUUGGGUCUUCUACCUAAAUCUUCCCAUUGGGGGGGUCGCAUUCGUCCUUCUCUUCGUCUUCCUGCGCGUCAAGUACAACAAGGAAAUGACGUUCUGGCAGAAAAUCAAGCGUAUCGACCUCAUCGGCAACGUCAUCCUUAUCGCAAGUACUGUGUCCAUCCUGUACGCCCUCAGCUAUGCCGGCACACGAUACCCCUGGCGAUCAUGGCACACCUUCGUCCCCCUCCUCGUUGGCUUUCUCGGCCUAUUCAUCUUCGUCUGGCUCCAAACCACCGGUAUAUCCGCCGAGCCCCUGAUGCCAACGCGGUUCUUCCGCGCUCCCACGUCCAUCAUCCUUGCCAUUAAUACCUUCCUCUACUCCGCCCUACUAUACUGGUGUCUCUUCUUCCUCCCAGUCUUUUUCCAAAGCGUCAAACUCUACUCUCCUCGCCGCGCUGGCGUCGCCCUCCUCCCUAUUUCUCUCCUCGGCAUCCCAGGCUCCAUCGUCGGCGGCGUCGCCCUAGUCCGCUGGGGUCGGUACAAACCAAUCCAUAUAUUCGCCUUUGCGCUUCAAACCCUUGGCCUAGGCCUAUUCACGCUUUUCCGUGAGGACACCAGCGUCGCUGAAUGGGCCGUCUUUCAAUGCAUCGUCGCCUUUGGCGGUGGCGUGAUCUUCACCACCAUGCUCCCGGCCUUCCAGGCCUUUAUCCGCGAACGCGACAUUGCAGCCUGCACAGCAGCAUGGUACUUUAUCCGUCUAUUCGGACAUAUCUGGGGCGUGGCCAUCCCCGCAGCCAUAUUCAACCAACGCAUCGACACACUGCUCGAUCAAGGCGCAAUAUCAGACCCACGGGUCUCCAAGAUCAUCGCAGCCGGUGGUGCGUAUCAGGCGGCAUCGGCGGCCUUUGUGAAACAGUUUCCGGCGUCGCUGCAGCUGGAGAUUCGCAGUGUUUAUAGUCAGGCUAUACAGCGCGUGUUUCAGGUUUCGAUUGCUUUUGCGGGCGUAGCGUUUCUGCUGGCGUUGUUUGAGAAGGAGAUUGGGUUGAGGAAGACGCUGGAGACUGAUUUUGGGCUCGAGAAGGAUGGGACUGGUCGGGAAGUUGGGAGUGAGAGGGGUGUUGAAGGAUCAAAAGAUGGG